AUGCGGCUCGCGCGGCGGCGCGCGCGCGCGCUGGCGCUCCUCUUCUUCGUCUUCCUCGCGCCCGCGCCCGCGGAAGACGCCGCCGGCGACGCGGACGACGGCAGCGCGAGCUGGGAGUCGCUGACCGCGGUCGGCGCGGGGAGCGCGAGCACGCGCAGCGACGGCGGCGUCCGAGCGAGCGCGGGCGAGGAGGAGGAGGAGGAUGAGGAUGAGAAGGUGGGCGACGCGGAGGCGACGGACGACAGAUCGUCGAACGAGGCGUCGCCGAUCGAAGAGAAUUCGCAAUCGCCGCCGCCGCCGCGCGCGAAAGCGGCGCCGGCGAAGAUGGAGCGGGCGCCUCUCAAAAGCGGCACGCCGCCGCCGAACCCGACGCCAAAACCGGGCGCGUCGCGGAUACGACGCGGCCGCCCCGACCCGCUGGCGGACAAGAACAGAAAGCCGGACUUUGUCAUCCGCAUGGGCGGCGGCGGCGGCGGCGACGGCGACGACGACGACGCGGAAACCGCGCGACGCGUGGAACGAUCCGGCGGCGGCGACCGCGGGCACACCGUCCCCGGGGACGACGACGGCGUCGGCGGCGACGGCGGACGCGCGUACCAACGCGAGAAGAAGCGCGGUCGAGGCGGGUUCGACGACCGAGUCGCGAAGAUGACGCGCGAUGACCCGCCGGCGCGCGCCAAGGCGAAGGCGGCGGCGGAGGACGCCAAGACGCGCGAGAGGACGCGCAGCGGUCGCGUCGCGGACGUGCACACGAACAUCACGGUGUUGUACCCGGAGACGUUCGAUGAGAUGACCGCGCUCGCGCGACGGCCGAGCGACGGGAUCGGGCUCAACCGCGACCACGCCGGGGUCGGGGGGCGACGCGCGAGCCUGGACGGCGAGGUCGGCGGCGCGGGCGCGAGAGAGAAGAAGAAACGCGGCGACGGCGUUUUCGGCGUUUUCGGAGGCGGCGGCGACGCGGACGACCCGCGCGAGAAACGCCGAUGGCUCGUCGCGUUCUGUACACGCUGGGCGCCGCCGUGUAACCUUCUCGUCCGCGAGUUCGCGCUCCUGGGCUCGCACGAAUCGCUGCGGAACGAGUCCUUCGCGUUGGGGUGGGUCGACUGCACCCCCGCCAAGACGACGACGUUUUGCGGCGGUCGCUUCGGCGCGACCGGGUACCCGCUCAUCGCGCUCUUCGCCGGCGGCAGGAUGGCGCGAUACGUCGCCGUGGACCGCGAGCGCAUCGCGGGCGCGAUCGCGCCGUGGGCGCUGGACACCGCGCGCGAGAUCGACGCGCACGUCCCGAACGUUGGCGGGCGCGCCGUGGGAGAGGAGGUUCCGUCGGACGCGCCGUCUCGACGCGCGCCGACGACGGGCGCGCGAGGCGCGCGCGCGUCGUGGGAAUCGGAGCACGACGCGCUGACGCGCGAGCGCGAUCGGUUGAAGAAGAAGCACGAGAAGGAGGAGGAGCGGCGCGUCGCCGCGGAGGAGCGGCGGAAACGAAGGGACGCCGCGGAGGCGAAGAAGGGCCGGGAGGGACCGGGACCCGGAUCCGGACCCGGCGAGCGGCGCGGCGGGAGCGGCGCGCGAGAGAGGGCGCGCGGAGAGACGCUGACGACGGCGCCGACGAUGAGCUCGCGGCGACGCGCGCGGAUGAUGGCGAACGGCGAGCUAGGGAGCCACCCGACGGCGCGCAAGAGCUCCUCCAUGCGCGCGCGGUUCCUCGGGCCGUUGACGCACCCCGGCUUGAAACACCCCGGCGGCGACGCCUUGUUCUCCCUGCUCUGCGCGAUGAACAGCACGCUCUUCGACCCCGGCUCGGUCGCGCGCGUGAACCAGAACGCGACGUCGUCUAGCCCGUCUUCGUACCGCAGCGUCGCGGCGACGAAUCCGUCGUCGUACGCCGACGUCGUCACCGUCGUCCCCGGGCGCGCGUUUAGGACGCUCUCCAGCGCCGCGAACGCGUCCUCGUCGCUCUGGACGUACUCCCACGGCGGCAAGUAGUUCGCGGGGUUCCGGAACGACGCGGUGGAGACGCACGAGCUCCCCGCGAUGCACGCGCGCGGGCGUCUCGGGAUCGACGGCUGCGACGCGGGCGGCGGAGGAGGGAUCAAAACGUCCGCGGGCUCCUCGUCCGCGCGCGCGGUUCGCGCCGCGAGCGACGUCGCGACGCCGCCGACCGCGAGCCGCAGCGCGUCGCGGCGACGCACGGGACGCGGCGGCGCCGAGGACGCGACCGGCAGCGCGACGCGCGUCGCCAUGCUCGCGU